UGGCGGGGUGCAGGCCGCAGUCUGAGCGGUGGUUAGAAGGCAGCUCUUACCUUGCCACUGCGAAUAAAGAGCCUUGUUGGGACCGGGAGGAAGGAACAGGGAACCAGGGGAGAGGGUCCUUGCGUUUUUAGUAAGCAUUCCGUGACUUUUCUCGGAGGCUGCGGCAGCCGUUAGUCUCUCGCUAAGCUUUCCAAGGGCUCUACUUAAACCCGAGCGAACGAGAUGUCCCUAGCACCCACUUAGGUACUGAAUUCAGUAAGGAGUGAAUGAACCUGGAGUGAGAAGUUAAAAAGAAUGGAAGAAACGUUCUGGACCAAUCCCUUUAGCGAUUUUUUUUAAAGGGCUUCUUAAGCGCUGGUUUGACAUACGGGUGCUGUGUUUACAUUUGGAAAAACUAAAUUUGCUGAAAAUAUCCCUAGCAAAUUCUGGUUUAAGAAUGACAUACCUAUAUGUCUUUCAUGUGGCGAUGAACAUACUGCCAUUGUUACAGGAAAUAAUAAACUUUAUAUGUUUGGCAGUAACAACUGGGGUCAGUUAGGAUUAGGAUCAAAGUCAGCUAUCAGCAAACCAACAUGUGUCAAAGCUCUUAAGCCUGAAAAAGUGAAGCUUGCUGCCUGCGGAAGGAACCACACCCUAGUUUCAACAGAUAGAGGCAGUGUGUAUGCAGCUGGAGGAAAUAAUGAAGGACAAUUGGGGCUUGGUGACACUGAUGACAGAGACACAUUUCAUCAAAUUUGCUUCUUUACAUCUAAGGAUUCCAUUAAACAGCUCUCUGCUGGUGCUAAUACAUCAGCUGCUUUAACUGAGGAUGGAAAACUUUUUAUGUGGGGUGACAAUUCUGAAGGGCAGAUUGGUUUAAAAAAUAAAAGUAAUGUGUGUAUCCCUCAUGAAGUGACCGUUGGGAAGCCAAUCUCAUGGAUCUCUUGUGGAUAUUACCAUUCAGCUUUUGUAACAACCGACGGGGAACUGUACACGUUUGGAGAACCUGAGAAUGGGAAGUUGGGUCUUCCCAACCAGCUGCUGAUCAAUCACAGAUCACCCCAGCGAGUGCUAGGAAUUCCUGAGAAGGUGCUCCAAGUAGCCUGCGGUGGAGGGCACACUGUGGUUCUCACAGAGAAAGUUGUGUAUGCCUUUGGACUGGGACAGUUUGGCCAACUGGGCCUUGGCACUUUUCUUUUUGAAGCAUCAGAACCCAGAGUCAUUGAGCGUAUUAAGGAUCAGAAAAUAAGUUAUAUUUCCUGUGGAGAAAAUCAUACAGCUUUGAUGACAGAUGUAGGCCUCAUGUAUACUUUUGGCGAUGGCCGACAUGGAAAAUUAGGACUUGGGAUGGAGAAUUUUACCAACCAAUUCUUUCCUACAUUGUGCUGUAAUUUUUUGAGAUUCACAGUUCAACUGAUUGCCUGUGGUGGAUGUCACAUGAUAGUUUUUGCCACCCCACGACUUAGUGCAAUAGAUGAAUCUGAAUUUGAAGAAAUGUAUGAACCUUACCUAAGUACAGGUUCUAUGUCCACCACUGACCUCACCCCAGGAACUCCACUGAAUAGAUCUUUAUCGGCACGUCUGCGGCGAAGAGAGCGGGAGAGACCACCAGGCUCUGCUUCAGUGGUGGGAGCACUGCCUCCCUUAGAGGGAACUUCUGCCUCUACUUCUACUGGUUUCUUUUCCCCCAGUGCAAUCCCUUUCCGCUUGUCUUUGAAUAACUUCUCAGAGCAAAGCCCCUCUGACUCGGUGGAACCACUGGACUCAGAUUAUUUUGAAGAUAAAAUGAACAAAGAGACAGAGACAGAAAAUUCUUCAGCAGUGGAUUCAGAAAACCUUGGUGAAACUACUGAUGUCUUAAAUAUGACACAUGUGAUGGACCUGAGUUCCAGUGAGACAUCAUUAAAAUUUUCACCAAUUCAAAAACAAAAGAAUCAAGACUUGACAGAGGAAGUGAUGGAAAGUACACCUUGUACUGAAAAUGUUGAUAGUUAUGAAGAGAUAUCAAAAAUAAAAGAAGGGACAGUAUACAAGCAGUAUCUAGCAAAAGGGAUCUUCAUGAUAAGACCAACCGAGAUUAUGGGAGCAUUUUCAGAUGAGGAAGUAGGUAAUGGCCUAGACCAGGCAGGGCCUCAGGUCAACACUGCACAGGUUUUACCAAAAGAGGAACUAGAACAGGAAAGUAUUGAAGAACUAGCCCCUGAGAAGAAAACCGAGGUGAUGGAGAUAACAGAUGUGAAUGAUAUCGUAGACGGGGAAGAGAGUGCAAAAUCAGAUCCAUUUAUCGAUGACUUACAAGACAAAGACAUGAAUUCUGAGAGUGAAGAGAGUAAAGAUACUGCUCAGGAAAUGAAGAGCAAUGAGCAGAAUUUGAUCUUUGACAGUGAAACAGAAGUGGUAGAAGAACCAGACAGUUACAUUGAAUGUGAAAGAGAAAGUCAGCCAGGCAGAGCUGAGGUGUUGGAGCAGCCCAAGCCAGUAGAAACUAGUAGUGACGAGAAAGAUGAUGAUGAAGUGGAAACUGAGCACUGCCUAUGGUACAGCAGGAAAUGUGCUGAACAAGAGAGUGAGAGCGAACCCAAAGCAGCCAUAUUCACUGCAAAAUACGAUCUUAAGUAUGACCACUUGUCAGGUAUACCAGAGGAGCAGGAAGGACCAGAGGACCCAGAAGGAAAUGCGGUAGUGGAGCAAAAAGUUCAGGUACAAGAGAAAAAUGUGGAAUUGGAAGGAGAAGGAAAGGAGGAGAAAACAGAAACCCUGCCAGAUGUCAGUACAGAAAAAGAGGAUCAGCUGCUUUUAGAAACUGUGAAGCCAGAACUGGGAGACAUGGAUGAGCAAAUUAGUGCCCCAAAUGUAGAAGGCGUUAUAGAAGAAGAAAGCAAGGAAAAAGAGGAGGAACCCGUAAAAGAAGAAAACUUACCUGAAGAUGGGCUUCCUGAGGCAGAAGGCUCGGAAACUAUUGAUGCUUUUGAUGACAACCCAGAUGAUAUCAUUAAAGAGGAAGAGAGUGUCAGCCUGCUGCAAAGGAACCUUCAUGAGUACAAUGAAAAUCCUAAAGGACACCUGUAUGAUCGUAUAAAGAGCAGUUCUUCAGAAAUUCUGGGAGCUAGUGAAUCCAUAAAAAAGUCUAAGAAGAUUUCCUUCUUUAACCGGAUGUCAUUGACAGGGCAGAAAAUGAUGCAAAAUACUAAUGACCCACUCCCAGAGACAAAGCCAAUAGGAGAUCAAAUAGCCUUACAAAGUGAUAAGAAAGAUGCCAACCAGAACCACAUGGGUCAAAAUCUUCGGAAUACUGCAACACCAACUAUGGAGGGGAAGUCCAAAUCCUGUACAAUACUAUAAAUGUAUGUUUAUGUUUCCAUGGUCACCGAGCACAUUUGUUCUUCAUACUUGAAAAAUGUUAUGACUUCUGAAGGAAAUUUCCUAAUAACACUGUUUUAAAAAGAUAAAAAUUAAUGUUUGGCUUGGUUUGAACAGUAUGAACAGCUUUAAUAUUUAUUUAUGUUAAUAUUCUUAACAAGCAGUUUCCAAAAUAUUGUGCCUCCAACCCUCCUUGAAGUGUUCUGGCCUUAACUGUUCAGUGUUGCAUAAAACAAUAUAUUUUUGUAUUUGAAAACUGAAUGAAGAUAUUUCAUAGUUUUGCUAACAUAGUUACCAUUCUUUGUAAUUUCCUAAGGCAAUGUUUACGAUCUUACAACACUGGAACAGUUUUGAAUAUAUUACAACAUUUUAAAACAGGCAAAAUUGUGAUUAACUUAUUUUAAUAAAUCAUAACUGGUUA